GUAGGCCCUUAGUUUCAAAUAGCUCCCAUUUAGUUAAAAGAAUAUCAAUUUACCCCUUGUGUCAUGUUGAAUGCUUUAAGCCAAUAACCAUGAUGCUCUUUCGCUUUCCUCUGCCCUCAAUCAACCUCCGUCCUCCUUCCAUCUCCCCAAAUUCCACCGCCGUCUUUCGAUCUCUAUUCAUGGCGGACCAACACCGAUGCGAUUCCCAGAAAACCGAUUGGGAUAAAGACCCCAAAUAUUUAGAGAAUUACCCAGUGCCACUCUCCCCGUCAUUGCCAGCCAUAUCUAAGGACCUCGAGCUGAGGAGAGCCAUGUCAGCUUCUUCUAAAUCAAGCCUCUUUUCUCUCUCUAGAAGUGAUGUCCUCUUCGAAGACGAGUGGCUCAUCGCCUUGAAUAAACCCCAGGGGGUUUACUGCGAGACUAUUUUAGCUUCUGUCCCGAGUCUACUCAACGAUUCUUCAAAUGAGCCAGAAGAACUCGGUACCCAACCAAAGAAGCAUGAGCUCCAUCUUGCAAACAGACUAGAUCGUGAUACAAGUGGCGUCAUAUUAAUCACCAAAUCACAUAAAGUAGCUGCAAAACUGGUGAAAGCUUUCACGGAUCAUAAGGUCAGAAAAACCUACAUUGCUUUCUGUGUCGGGCAGGCACCAAAUUGGAAAAAGAUCACCAUUAAGUCAGGCCAUGGUCGAUCAAAGUUUGGAGCUUGGCGUGUCUAUGCUGCCCGGGACGUGGGUAGGCUGCUGCCCGGUGGAUCUUCCAUUAAAGACAUGGAAACUUUAUUUGAAGUGUUAUCAGUAAACGGAAAAGAAGCCUGUAAGGAUUUGAGUGAAUUAGAUUUGGUGGUUGAAGAGAAAUCUUUGAUUGAAUUUGAUGGAAAUAAGUUUGAGGUUUUGGUGAGAGCUUAUCCUCGAAGUGGAAGAACACAUCAAAUUCGGUUGCAUUGUCAAUAUCUUGGGAUUUCCAUAAGAGGAGAUGUGAAAUAUGAAGGUGUUUAUGAGUGGAAUGGGAGUGUUUAUGAUGGACAUCAACUUCAUGCUGAAAGCUUGUCUUUUGAGCAUCCGAUAAGAGGCUCUCCUAUUGUUGUUCGGGCUCCUUUGCCUUUGUGGGCUAAUAAAGUGAUUUUGUAAGUUAUAUAUGAGUAUUUCUUUUUGAGCUAACAAGAAAAGACGACUUAAUGUAUAUUUUCACUCAUUUUUUAGACAUUUACUUGUGAACUACAUGUUUGAUAGCUCAUGUAAUUUGGCUAGAAUUGUUUCCAAAUGAAAGAGGAAAUGUUGUAUGGGGAAAUGUUGUUUCAAAAAUAUUUUAUAAUCAUGAC